AUGGAAACAACUGGCUUCACUGAAACCCAGCUGCUGGUGCGCGAUUCCAUCAACCAAAUAUGCUCCCAAUUCCCGAGCUCCUACUGGCGAGAGCGCGACCAAAAGGAGCAGGAUCCCAAAGAAUUCCAUGCCGCCGUUGCCGAGGGAGGUUGGCUGGGCAUUGCGCUGCCAGAGUCGCUCGGCGGCUCAGGCCUCGGCAUAUCGGAGGCGACCAUGAUGAUGCAGACAAUUGCAGAAUCCGGGGCCGGCAUGGCUGGAGCACAGGCGAUCCACGCCAACGUUUAUGCGACCCAGCCGCUGGCCAAGUUUGGCACGCAGGCGCAGUUGAAUGAAACGAUGGCCAACAUCAUAUCCGGCAGGUGGCGGACAUGUUUUGGCGUGACGGAACCAGACGCAGGACUCAAUACGCUGGGGUUGUCUACCACGGCCCGAAGGACCGCGGACGGGUACAGCAUCACCGGCCAGAAGAUUUGGAUCACAUGCGCGCAAGUGGCCUCGAGAAUGAUACUGUUGGCCCGCACCACGCCCCGAGACCAGGUCCAGAAGCCGAGCGAAGGGCUCUCCCUGUUCUGUGUUGACCUGGAUCGUGCGCGACCAGGCCUGGAGCUGCGCCGAAUCAAGAAGAUGGGUGGCCGGGCCGUGGACGCCAACGAGGUCUUCUUCCAUGACUACCAGGUUCCGGCGUCGGCAAUAAUAGGCCGUGAAGGGCACGGGUUCAAGAUGAUUCUGCACGGAAUGAAUGCCGAGAGGUGUCUUUUAGCCGGCGAAGCGCUGGGUCUGGGAUACGCUGCCUUGUCAAGAGCAGCGUCCUAUGCGCGAGAGCGCGUCGUUUUCGAGAAGCCGAUUGGCAUGAACCAAGGUGUUGCACACCCUUUGGCGGAUGCAUAUGUCAAGCUUGAAGCGGCCAAGUUGGCAACCUACCAUGCGGCAAGGCUAUAUGACCAGAGUGCACAUGACGCAAACGUCAAACAAGAUGCUGUCGGAGUGGCAGCCAACAGCGCAAAGUAUGUGGCAGCGGAAGCAGCCUUUACGGCUUGUGAGAGGGCGGUCCUCGCUCACGGGGGCAUGGGAUAUGCCGCAGAAUACGACGUGGAGAGGUGGUUCAGGGAGUGCCUUGUCCCGAGGAUUGCGCCCGUGAGUCGGGAAAUGAUUUUGAACUAUAUAAGUGAGAAGGUGUUGAAGCUGCCGAGAAGCUAUUGA